UAGAGAGAAGGAGGAGGAGGAGAAGGAGAGAGAGAGAGACAGCGGCGCAGCAUGGAGCCUCCGCCGCCGCCACCGCUGCUGCACAUGUCGGCGCCGAGCGACGAGAAGCCGCCGCCCGCCCGCUCCUCACCCGACAGCUCGCCGCAGCAUCACCGCCGCCGGCGCUCGGGCCGCUUCGGCCUGGAGAUGUACCGCUCGCUGAGUGAGGACACCUUCGACCUGUUCACGGCCGAGUCGGAAGCCUCGCUGCCUUACCUGGACCACGAAGAGGCCGACUUCAGCGAGAGCGACACCACCGUGGACCGCAAGCGGAGCCGGGCCAGCAGCAUCCGGCACCGGUAUGAUGUGGUGGGCGAGCUGGGCUGCGAGGAGGUCCGCUGGUUCUACAAGGAGGACCGCAAGACCUGGAAACCCUUCAUCGGAUACGACUCGCUGCGAAUCGAGCUCAUGUACCGCGACUACCUCAAGAUCGCGGCCAGGGACUCGGGGCUGGACAGUAUACAGACCGUCUGUGUCCGCGGAGGCCUCUAUGAAGUCAACGUGAUAGACAAGGGCUGUUACCCCGUCUACUGGUAUCAACCUGAUAAGAUUGUAGUCAUGCGUGGCCAGUGGUUUGUUGAUGGUACAUGGCAACCUUUGGAAGAAGAAGACAGUAAUCUCAUUGAAGCUGAACACCUAAAGCGUUUUCGGGGUCAACAGAUGCAGGAUGCAUUUGAACUGGAUGUAGCUAAACCCAUGGAUAGCAAAGAUGCUAUACAUAGUUUAAAGCUCAGACGCAACCAUGUGGACUGGUACAGUGUGGAUGAGGUUUACCUGUACAGUGACGCUACCACAUCCAAAAUUGCCAGAACAGUUACCCAGAAAUUGGGAUUUUCUAAAGCAUCAAGUAGUGGAACUAGACUUCAUAGAGGAUAUGUAGAAGAGUCUUCACUUGAAGACAAACCUCCACUCCCUACUCACAUUGUCUUUGUUGUACAUGGAAUCGGACAGAAAAUGGACCAAGGUCGAAUUAUCAAAAAUACAGGCAUGAUGAGAGAAGCUGCAAGGAAGGUUGAAGAAAAGCACUUUCCUUAUGCCACAAAUUUGGAAUAUGUUGAGUUUCUGCCUGUGGAGUGGAGGUCGAACCUAUGCCUGGAUGGGGAUACUGUUGAAUCCAUUACCCCAGAUAAAGUACGUGGACUUCGUGAUAUGUUAAAUAGCAGUGCUAUGGACAUCAUGUACUACACUAGUCCCCUCUACAGGGAUGAGAUUGUGAAAGGCCUUCAGCAGGAGUUAAAUCGGUUAUAUGCACUUUUCUGUUCUCGGAACCCAGAUUUUGAAAUCCAAGGUGGGAAGGUUUCGAUAGUAGCCCAUUCGUUGGGCUGUGUCAUCACAUAUGAUAUUAUGACUGGUUGGUAUCCAGUGCGAUUUUAUGACAAAAUGGUCCAAGAGGAAGAAGAGCUAACUGAGAAUUCCAUGAGUUUUGAGGAGCGUGAGCUUCUGGAUGAGAUUCUCAAGACUAAGGAACGAUUAAAAAAAUUAGAACACCAGUUACUUCAAGUGAAAGCAUCAGCUCCAUUCAGAUUACCUGCUUUGAAAUUUAAGGUUGAAAACUUCUUCUGCAUGGGAUCCCCUCUAGCAGUUUUCCUAGCAUUGCGUGGCAUACGUCCGCAGCAUACUGGUAAUCAGGAUCACAUUCUACCGAAAAGUAUCUGUGGCCGAUUGUACAAUAUAUUUCAUCCGACAGACCCUGUAGCCUAUCGACUAGAACCUCUGAUCUUGAAACAUUACAGUAAUAUUGCACCCCUCCAAAUCCAUUGGUACAACACAACUGUCUUAACAAAGUACGAUGACAUAAGGCCAACCUACAUCAAGCCUGCCAAAGAGUCGAUGAAUCCUUCAAUGCCUCCCUCAGCAUCUACCUCACAUACAGAAAUGGAAAAUAUGCCAAGUCCAAGUACCUCGCCAGUUAUACCUCGACGAAACUAUGGGGAAUCAAUAACCAGUCUAGGAAAAGCAAGUAUAAUGGGAGCUGCACACAUCGGAAAAGGUAUUGGUGGAAUACUGUUUGCAAGAUUCACGCGUUCUUCUUCAAUCACUGAGGAAUACAAGGAUGAACCAGUUGUAGAAGAGAGGAGAACAACUGAAGCUCAGUACAGUCCAAAGCUGCUGUCACGCAAUAAUUCUGGUCUUUUGUAUGGUACAGUGGAGUUAGAACAUCGCCUUGAUUUUGAACUGCGGGAGGGCCUUGUAGAAAGCAGGUAUUGGUCUGCAGUAACAUCACACACUUCUUAUUGGUCAUCUCUAGACGUCGCUCUUUUCCUCCUAUCAUUUUUGUACACACAGAGACCACCUGUGGGUGUAGACCAAUCAGAAAGCACCCGAUUUCCAGGAGAAUCUCCGCAUAAGGGAAGAACUGUAUAGAGAGACUAUUGUUACUGCUGCUUAAAGUGCAAUGAAAACAAAGGGAGUCACAGCUUUGUUUGUGUUUUUUUAUUUAUUUUCUAAAAGCCACAAUGAAUACUGGAAGUACGAACAACCUAUUUCUAAAUAAAGUACUCAGACUAGAGUCAAACCUUUUCCUUUCCUACUCUAACAAUUUGUCAUUAUUCAUUGUAUAAUAUAUUAUGUAAAAUACUUCUUUACAAUUGUGGCUACUGAGGUUAACACUGACAUUGAGGCUGGAGCUUAUAAUGUUAAAAACUUUAAUUUUUAUUUAUGUUUCAAAUGUGCAAACCAUAUACAGACACUAACAAUGUUUUGUACUGGGAGUACAACCUACUAUGAAUGUUAACUUGAAGUUUGCACUUUAUAUCUCCGAUGUCUUGUCCUCGUCUUACAGCUAGUCAGUAUGGCUAACGAUGAACUGUUUACACAUUUGAAGUAUAAAGAAAAAGUUUGGUGCUUACACUUUUGUUAAUACAAUGUUUUUCACUUCAUUUUUUCAAAUUUUGCUACAACUGUUUUGCUUCACUGUGCUAUUGUAUAGUGCAGGAGACAUUGCAUUGUCAUUCUCUUAGUGCUUUGUGUCUUCUUUUGGUUAAUAAAAGCCCUGGUGGUUUUAUAACACCAUGUGGUUGACA